CAAAUGUGUGGUAUCAUUUCCCUCAACAGCUCAAGACAGAAUUAUACUUCAGUUCCUCAGUUCUACAUUUUUACAGAGGUAGAAACACAGCUCUGAACUUUUUUUUUUCUUUUGUCUGUUUUCCUUUUCUUUCUUUUUUGGAAGCCCUGCUGAAAGAGUUGAGACAGUUUUGUAUUCUACCAUGCAUAACUACAGACUAGCACUCACCAGUGAGCUACAGAAGGAUGGUAAGAUACUAGACAUCUCUUCAUUUUAGAGGGAACAUGGAAACAUCAUUUGUUUUGUUUUCUCAAUUAAAUAUGUGUGAAACAAAAGAAAAAGCUUUUUUCAAGUUAAUACAUGGUGGUCUAGGAAAAGAAGAAGCAAGCAAAGAGGCCAAAACCAGAGCCAAGGAAAAAAGAAAUAGGCUAAGUCUUCUUGUACAGAAACUUGACUCACAUGAAGAGACCCACUCCAGUAGAUUUGGGGCCUUGUCCAAAGAAUUGAGAGUCUCCCCUGAAGAAGCAGUGAAAUGGGGUGAAUCAUUUGACAAACUGCUAUCCCAUAAAGAUGGACUGGACGCUUUCACCAGAUUUCUUAAGACUGAAUUCAGUGAAGAAAAUAUCGAAUUUUGGAUAGCCUGUGAAGAUUUCAAGAAAAACAAGGAACCUCAACAAAUUACACUUAAAGCAAAAGCAAUAUAUGAGAAAUUUAUACAGAGUGAUGCUCCCCAAGAGGUUAACCUUGAUUUUCACACCAAAGAAGUCAUUACUAAGAGCAUCACCCAACCUACCCUCCACAGUUUUGAUGCUGCACAAAGCAGAGUAUAUCAACUCAUGGAACAAGACAGCUACACACGUUUUCUGAAAUCUGACAUCUAUUUAGAAUUGAUAGAAGGAAGACCUCGGAGACCAACAAAUCUUAGGAGACGAUCACGCUCAUUUACCUAUAAUGAAUUCCAGGAUGUGAAAUCAGAUGUUGCCAUUUGGCUAUAAGGAAAAUUGAUUGAUCUCAUUUUGAUGUCAAAUCAAUAUAACACAGUGUCUUUAAAGACAUUAGAAGACAGAGGUGGAUUGAAUUAGAUCAUUCUACUACCUUGCUUGUGGAUUUCAAGUUUUGCCUACCAGAUUACCAAGUGUUGUACAUAAUAGAAGCUCAAUAAGUGACUUUCACAUUAAAUACUACAAAACUACAAAAUGAAGCAUUAUGAGGGUGGUAGUGCAUUGCACGGCCAGAGUAAAGGCUUUAACAUGAGGCAAAAGACAUACACAAGAGACUCACUAAAUUUAAUUCUAGCUCUGCUUACUUAUCAAAUAUAUGUUUGGAAAGUAACUUAAAUAUUCUACACUUCAAAAUUUAUUUUUAAUAUUAGAAUAAAACUUUUACAAUGUUCUUAUUAUGAUUAAAUUUUGAAAUAUUUGUAAAGUGCCAAAUAUAGAUUAAUUGACUUCAGUGUGUAGAUGAGAUUAUGGAAAUCAUUUCCUGUAUUUAAGCAUCACAUUUUAAUUAUAAUUUUUGCCUUGGUUACACAUCAAACAAAUGUUCUUUGAGAAUAAUAAGAUUUCCUUGAACAAAGUAUGAGGAUAACUAUUACUUUUAUAAAAACUUUUAUAAUUUUGCAGUGCAUAGAAAAGUAAAUCAUGAUAUUUUAACUAAAUGAAAAACUACAAAAACAUUUUAAAAGUUUAAAUAUUUUUCUAAAUUCACAAAGAAAAAUCUGAACUAUUUAAUUUUUACAAAGCAGUCCUUCCUUAGGAGAAAAAACAACAAAUCAUAUUGAAGAUAUAUAUCUCCAAAAUGCUCACACUUAGCUAUGCUGCUAACUAAGUUUAAACACAUCAAUUUUAUUUUCAUUGUGCUAUAUUAACUGGUCUUAUAUUUAGUGUCCUGACUUUGUAAUUAUUAUCUAUCUUAAGAAAAAAUAUAUAACCACACAAAUUUAUUCCACAAUAUAUGUAUUCAACUAUGUUAACUGAACCAUAAAAAUAAAAGGUAAUAUGUUAAAAUAAAUUUUCUGCAACGUAUUUAAUGAAUGGACAAAUAUUUAAUGAACAAAUUUUAUUUGGUACUGAUCAUCACUGGAUGCUCAGAAGUGAAUCUAACAGGAGUUAUAGAGAAAAAGGAAAAGAGAAAGAAACUUUUCUUUUUCCAGAAAGACUAGAGUUUUUGAUAGUUUGAACUCCAGAAUACACAGCCAUAUGAAAGCCAUGCUUUGAACCAAUCAUCCUUCAUCUUUACCUCAGAGAGCAAAUCCACCUAUGACUGAUCACGUGGACCAUCACUCACCUUUCCUUGAAUAUGCACAUGUAUCAAUCAAUGCAUUUUACCUAAAUUUUGUCUUUUGUUUGGUUUGAUUUGGUUUGGUUCAUUUCAUUUUAUUGGUUGUGCCUUAUAAAACUCAUAAUUUUUUAGAAAAAAACUUAAAAUGUUUAUUAAAAGCAGCAUUAGUAGUAAAAUAUUGCAUGUGAAAAAUAUAAAACUCUUUACAAGCUCUGAUUUUAAAGGAUAAAAUCAUUUCACAGUAAACACACAUGCUUAUAUGGUGUUUUACUUACUAAUUAAAUUUUCUGCAGCAGAAAUGAAACUUUUAAAAGGAAAUAUUUUAAAUAUCAGAAACUUACAAUAAAAACCUACUAAUUUUUUGAUAGUCCACUUAUAGCUUCAUCUCUGAUUUCUUAAAUGUAACAAAUAAGCAAUAAUUGUGGGGGAAAAUAAAGACUGAAUCACUGUUAAAUUCUGACCUAUCAAAAAAUGUCACAAUUCUGCUUUUAGACUCUUUAUAUUUAACUAGAGCAAGGAAGUAGAUGGAAAAUUUGUCAUCAACCUGUGAAAUCCAACAAUUAUUUUCUCAACACCAAACUGUUGUUGCAUGUGAAGACACUGUAAUAUUUAUACAUGAACUCAAAUGAGAUCAAAGCGAUAUAAAUGAAAUCAGGAACACACUUGCUUAGCCACCUGUAGCUUAGCAUACCUUAUACCUCAUUUAUUCUUAUUGAAUCAUACAGAUUCCCCAUAGUUCAAAAGCAUUUGUCAUGCUUCACCUCUGUUUUAUUCAACAGUAUAUCAGAAACUCAAAGAUGAACAAAACAGUGUAAUUUAUCAUUGAGGAUACUAUACCCAAUGGAAUACCUAUAUGAGUAAAUUCACGAAAAAUAAUUUCAGUAUCACAAGCUAAACAUCCAGGUGCAUCUUGCCUUACCUGGGUCUAAAGAAUUGCAAGGCAGUUUUGACACAAUUAGUCAAGCACCAGUGUCUGCUGUCCCAUUAUCAGAGUAUGUCUCAGUGUAGUCUACAUGAUGGGGUCAAGUAUGGAUUCAUUGUGUUUCCGCUGAAACCUGAUUCAAAAGGUCAAUCCUUGGAAAUUUGCACUGAUUUCAUAGAAUAAAUAAAUAGGCAUCACCCUCAUUGAAAGCUCCCUUAAAGUAGGAACUCCCAGAAAUGUAUUUAGGUUUUAUUCAGAGAAAAUGAAUUAACAUGGAGGCUUUGGAAGUAAAUUUUUUAAUGUAAUAUUGAAAAACAGAACAUUAAAGAGAUGGUGACAAAUAAACAUCAACUAUAAAAUCAAAUAUAUGAUAAUUGAAACUAUGGAAUAAAUUAAUUGGCAAAUCACUAUCCAACCCAUUAAAUUGUAUUCAUUUGUAUUAUUUGAAUAUCUGUAUACUGUGAUAUACACAGUAAUAAACACAUUCUCCAAUAA